AUGCGGCGCGCUACGGUCAGCCCCAGGGCAAAAGACGGCCCGUUGUUCCCAAGUGCACGAGCUCCGUCGGGUAACAGCAGUCGUGGGCGCAAUGGGGGGCUUUUCUCAUCUUCUUCGUCUUCCUCGGGGGAUAGUGACGCCUCAGACGGAGAGAAUGAUGGUAGCCAGCGAGUGGGUGCGGUUCCGCCUAUGUUAGGUGCCAUGGCACGAAGUCGCUCGGCCAAUACGCAGUCGAAUUCGAUGUCAGGCGGAGAUUUCCGACGUCGUACCAUGUUUUCCACUUCGACGACGUCACUAAGCUCAUCUGCCAAUUCGGGGGACAAUGGAGGACACUCCUUGGAGAGAAAGGGCUUGUUUGAAAACGACGAUGACGCUGGGGACUCGCUCGAGACGUUCCAUGAGCGCGUGAAGCUCCGUCAGAGCCAGAAACAGUCGGAGAUGAAGGCGCUCAUAGCGCAACUAGAGACGGCCCAGCAACGUGCUGAGGAGCUAGAAGCCAGACUCAAUGAAGCUAAUAAGGAGAAAGAGGAAAGUGCCAUUCGCACCAAGGAGUGCCAACGUAUUAUUGAGAAGCGCAACAAGCAGUUGAUGAAGGCGAGCGAGAAGAUGGCACGACACUCAGAGCAGUACGAACUGCAGAUGGCCGAGCUGCAGACGAGAUUAUCGGCGAUGACUGCGCAGUGUGAUGAGCUGCGUGCUGAUGCUGCGUCGACAGAAGAGACGACCCGACGAGAACGUGAGUUGAAGGACAAAGAGCUGCAUCGAGAACUCGAAGCGCAGAAUAAAAAGCACGACCGACUUCUUCAAGCAGCGGAGGCGCGACUUCAGACUGAAAAUGCGACGCUGGUUGAGAAAUUGCGCCAAGUGGAGCAACAGUUGGUGUCUACAACACAUCAGAAACCCACUGCGGCGCAGGUGAUGGCAAGUGAUGAGUUUCAGAGCUUGGUGAAGAGAUGUGAGGAUGCAGAGGCGAUUGGUCGGGGACUCAACUUCCAACUGGAGAAAGAACAGCAAGAGAAGAAAUACCUACGCAAGCAGUUGACAGCUCUGCAAGACACUGUGGGGGUCAAAACUGCGGCGGCUACAGCGGCAUCUGUUGGUUUCUUUCCCGAUGCAGCACCGUCGGAGGCUAGAAAUCAUGCAGCAAACGCUAGAGACAGCAUCGCGACAGUGGUAGCUGAGGCAGAGCUAGCAAGCUUUGACUUUACAGCGGGUAAAGGGUCCGCUCCAUCCAGUCCAAUUGCUGCUGAUGCCGCACCUGCACUUAGUUCUCCUGCAAGUGCUGCCUCAAGUCCAGGUCAUGGCCAGGGACGCUCGCGGGGCUUUUCUGCUUCGAGUUUUGGAGAUGAUGCCCUUAAACCAAGGGAAGGCAAGCGUCGUGCUGCUUCCGCCCAAACGAUCAAAGUCACUUUAGAUCCUCCGGAAAAGCCAGCAGAGGACAAGACUACCACGGUUAAUGGUAAGUCCGCUAACACGUCCGUGACUUUCUUUGAGAAGCUUUCCUCUAGAUUCAAACGAGUUUCGUCUCCUCGGAACGGGGUGAAUUUGGCUAAAGCUGAAGACGAGGCAGCCGAAGGAGCGACGACAGGUGAAGCUGGGUUUUCGUCACCGCUUCCUCCGCGUCAAGGAUUCGCUCAUAGCAAGGUGUUGAAGGAGCGUCCUCGUAUGUACGUGGCAAAGUCUCCGUCGCAUCAUGAAGACGAGUCCAGCGAUAGCAUUUUUGGCAGCGAGUCAUCCUCAAGCGAUUCAUCGGACGAAGACAUGCCACCGCCACCUCCCCCUCCUCCACUUUCUGUGCACGAGGCGCCUCCGCCUUUUGCCUCCCCGGUCCAUGUGGAUAUACCGUCGCAACUGAUUCAAUCCGAUGCAGGAGCCGACGCGGAUUCAAGCAGCUUAAGUGAAUCAGAAGACGAUGGCGUUGAAAGUCAACAGCUGCGUGAGGCGUCUGACAAGCCGACCCAGUUACCAACACGGUUUGCUGAUCCUAUGGAGACACGGGGACGCGUCGAAACGCCUGGAGAAUCGCCGUCUUUCAGUAGAGUUUCCUCGUCUUCUUCAUCUUUCUCGUCCUCUUCAGACGACGACGCUGACGAGCCUGAUGUGGAAAAGAGCCAGCCUCUUCACGUGGAUGCCAAGAAGGUCGACAGUCUGUCAGAGUCGUCUUCUUCAUCCGAUUCAUCUUCAUCGGACGAAGACGCUAGCACAGUCGAAAUCAAGACUGAGGUUCACAGGAAAGUUCGUAAGAGCAGUUUACCGGGCCAAGAUCGCCACGACAAGCGUUCGUCUCGCUCGCCUACGUCUUCCAAAAGUCGAGAAAAGAAGCGAAGCUUGAGUGGAGGUGACAACUCGCAUAGCGCAAGCAAGAAGGAACGCGAACGGAAACGGAAGCAGCAGCAAGCGCGGCGAAAUGGGAGAAGACGACCGGCCAGUAUGAAAACGGUUCGUGUUUCACAGAUGCGACAGCAGAUGAAUAGCAAGCAGCAUCAGAAAGAGCCUCAAGUAUCCUCGCCACCUCAACCGAAUGACCCGCCGCGACCGCACGGAGAUGACAGUGUGGAUGUUGAUGGCCAGCCUCGUCGUAACGUUAGACGGAAGAGUGAGAGCAAGACGUCAGAAAGUGAGGCGGAGGAAGAGCGAACGCCAUCGACUGAGGCGCCACCGCUACCUCCCGAGCCUACGAUGGCGGACACAGAGCUGUAUCUUCGCCAACAAGCGCGUUUGCGCGAACGCCAUGAGUUGCAGAUGAAGAAGAAGCUUGAGGCUGAUGAAGCUGACGCUGUUCGGGGAGAUAUUCAUCGACGUGUGGAGAUGUGGGCGUUUGGCAAAGAACUAUUGCACAUGAUUCUCACGUUGGACCAAAUCUCAUCGAAUGAUGCGCUUAAGAAAUGCCAACUGAUGGUGGUACAAUCUCCUGACGAUGAUACAGUGCGUAAGGCCUACCGGAACAUCAUUCGCGUUGUUCACCCCGACAAAUUACGAGGAGCUACGGUGCCCGAGCAACUGGAGGCGAAAGUGCUUUUCACGGUGCUGAACCAGGCCUUUGAAAAGUAUAAGAACCAGAUGAGUAGAGUUUUGCCGUCAUGA